CGGGCGGAGGAGAAGACGCGGUUUCCGACGGCGGCUUUGAUUGGAGAGGGUAAGGGACAAGAUGCGAUUUUCUGGCGGGUGGAGUGGCUCCUGAUGAGCGCCAUGUGCGGCGAUGGAGUUGCGGCCGCCGGAGAAGUCGGGGAAUGGCGAAGCCGGGUUGGGUUGGAUGGCGGUCGACGGUGUUAUAUGGGAGAGAGGGCGGAGUUGGUGGAGAGGGGCUUUGAUCGACUUCGGAUCCUGCUCGGGCUGGUCAACCUGCUCGUCCACCUCUUCUUCGGCAGCUUCAGCAUCCUCUUCGACCUCAACCUCUUCUUCCCCUUCCCCGCGUUCGAGCUUCUACAGGGCAGUCUCCAAGGCGGGCUCCCACCAAGGAUGCUUAAGUGGUAG